ACUUCUGUUUGAAACCCUCUCUAAAACCCCAUUAAUAUAUUAUUAUUUCUAAGUCUAAAAAGAAAGGUGUCUGUAUCUACUGACUCUACUCCUUUACUUUAAUUCAAAAUCAAGAAAAGCUCAAAUUUUUCUAUUUCAUUGCACUUUUGUCUUUACCCUCCCUCUUCUCUUUCCUCUCUCUCACUUCGAAUCUAGGGUUUCAUUUUUCUUUUUCUUUUUCAUCUUUGUUUUGCUAAAGAGCUGUUUGUCAACUUUUUUCGCUCAAAAUUACAACGUGGGGUUGUCUUAUAGAGUUUUAGAUUUUAGUCAUAUUUCAGUCUUGAGCUUUAAUGUGUGAUUUUUUCUAGUUCUUUUGGUUCAAGAUUCAGUGUUUAGCUUUUUUUCACUAAAAACUACAACUUAAGUUGUCUUUUAGAGUUUUAGAUUUUAGACAUUUUUCAGUUUGAGCUUUAAUAUGUGAUCCUUUUUAGUUCUUUUAGUUCAAGAUUCAAUCUUUAGCAUUUCUCAACUGUUCUUUCUUUACUGGAGAGUCCAACAUUUCCCUUUAUUUUUCUUGUUUUUAGCUUUAUAGUUCAUUUCUGAAAAACCCCAUUUAAGCCCUUGUCAGUUUUUUUGCUAAUUUAUGUUAAAAGUUUCAAUCUUUUUGUAUUAUAUAGAAGCAAAAAGAAGCAGUUUUUAGUUAAGAAAAUUUUAGUGUGUAAAGUUAUAUUGUUUUUAAGAUCUUUAUUUUGGUUGAAUUUUGAGUUGCAGUGUUAGUAAUUUUGUCUAAUUUAUGUUCAAGUUUCAAUUUUUUUGAAUAUAGAAAGAAGCAAAAAAGAAUUAGUUUUUUUAGUUGUGAAAAUUUUAGUGAGUAAAUGCAUGGAUGGAAGGGAAGGGAUGGUGUUAUCUGGGGGUGGUGGUUAUUAUCUCAAUAGAGGGAUUAGUGGGUCUAAUUCAGGGUCUGCGGGACCCACAGGGGUAGUACCUGUACCACCUGGUUACAAUGUAGUUCACUCCAAUGUAGGAGGAGGUGGUAAUACUUUGAGUAGUUCUAAUACAUACCAAGUAGUUGAGAAUCCACCACCUAAUAAUUUUGCUCCUCAUGGUAUUAAUAUGAGUGUAGUAGCCUCUAGUGUUUCACCUAGUGAUCCAGUAAAAAAGAAGAGAGGUAGGCCAAGAAAAUAUGGUCCUGAUGGAGGGGCAAAAAUGUCAUUAGGACUAUCACCCUUGUCAUCUAGUCCUUCAACUGGCUCUAUUACUCCGGGGCCGAAGCGAGCCAAGGGCCGACCUCCUGGAAGUGGAUGGAAGCAACAAUUAGCUCCACUUGGUGAAUGGAUGAAUAAUUCAGCUGGAUUGGCUUUCACCCCUCAUGUUUUACACAUCAAUGUGGGAGAGGAUGUUGCGGCAAAAUUACUGGCGUUUGCGGAACAGAGGCCGAGGGCUUUAUGUGUCUUAGCAGCUAAUGGUGCAGUUUCUGCUGUAACAUUACGGCCUCCUGCAAGUUCUGGUUCUACUGUCACUUAUGAGGGUCGUUUUGAGAUACUAUGCUUGUCUGGCUCAUACUUGGUCUCUGAAAGUGGUGGUCCACGUGAUCGCACGGGUGGUAUAAGUAUCUCGGUUAGCAGCCCUGAUGGGCAUGUACUCGGGGGUGCCAUUGGUGGUAGGCUCAUUGCGGCCAGCCCUGUACAGGUGGUUGUAUGCAGCUUUGUAUAUGGUCCAAAAGUAAAGAGCAAACAAGAAACCGGUACCAAAGGCGAGAACGAGUCUGCUGAAAAGCCAUCUACACCGAUUAAUGCUACCGUGAAUCAAGAUCCAACUUCAAAUUCAGCAAUUGGUGUUUGGCCGCCGAGUUCAAGGCCUGAACUAAGAAAUUCCCAGCCUGAGAUUGACCUGACGCGCGGAUGAUUAUAAUUUGCUUCAAUGGACACAUGAGAGAGUUUGUAUAUAUGUGCUGUUGUUGUAAAUGAAACGUGCGCGCAGGAGAUCGACUCAACCAUUUAACUAGCUGCCCGUUAGUAGAUUGAUGGAUUGUGCUAACAAACUCAUGUAACAAAAGUAUCCUCUUUUAGGUUUUUGAAAAUAGCAAUGGUAGAAGUUUGUGUUGGUUGGAAGUAGAUUUGUACUAUUGCUGUCUUUAGAAGGUUAAGUGUGAUGGACCAUGUUAUUUUAGCAAAAUUGAUUAAUGCACUUUUUUCCUCAUUUUUUUUGGUUACUGAAGCAUUUGACCGGGGUACUAACCAAUUGGCAAGGCAAGAAAAACUUGAAGUUUUGGUC